AUGAGCGGUGAAAAUCGAGGGGUGAAGGGGCGUUUACGUCUUUUUCCCUCUCGAUUUUUGCCGAGCUGCAAGAAAAACAGGACCAUCAUAGUCCAUGCCCAUCUUUUUUCCUACAUGGGCGAGGCUCCAGGCGUACCGACAGAUUUAAUUGUGACUUUUUUGUUUUGCAUGAUUCGAAUUGAGAGCAUUGCCGGGUCAAAGUGCUACUUGCCAUCCACGUCCAUGUUGCCCAAAUGA